GCCUCGGCUCACUUCUGACGCCUGGGUCCCUGCCGCAGCGGCUUGUGGACCUUGUUUUCCACGUGAUCAUGAAGAUCCUGUGCAGCUGUUGCGCCACCUAUGCCGUGCAGGUCUUCAACAAGGAGCGCUUGGCGUGGGUUCAGAAGCCGGGUCCACACCCAAUCCUGGUGCCCAACCACAUCUCCCUGGUCGAGGCGUUCAGCCUGCAUGGGGUUACUUGGGGCAUGUCCGGCUGCGUAGCGAAGUCCCAGCUCGCCAUUCCCGGCAUCGGCUGGGCGUCGGCCUACAUGGGCGCAGUGGUUAUCGAUCCGAAGGACAAGGAUAUGAAGGAGAAGGUUAAGGCCGGCAUUACCAAGUUUGCCAAGAAUGAGCCAGAUGAGCAUGGGAGACAUCCCUUCAAGCGCGCCUUUACCAUCUACCCCGAGGGCAUCACGAACUCCCAAUUGGGCCUCUACCGCUUUAAUACUGGAGCCUUCUCACCCGGUGUGCCGGUGCUCCCUGUGCUGCAGCGCUUCCCCUACACAAACAUGAACCCUGCUUGGGUCUCCGCGUCGAAGAUCUCGUCGGGAAAUGAUCUGCCUUGGAUCCUUCUUCGGUAUAUGUCCCAGAUCACCAUGCCAUUGCAUGUCAAAUUUAUGGAUGUGUGGGAGCCCACAGACGCUGAGAUCGCCGACCCUGUUCUUUUUGCAAGCAACGUGCAGAACUACAUGGCAUUGCAGCUGGGCUGUGUUGUGACGGACACCAGCAACAAGAUUCUGCGGGAGAAGGGUGGGCCUUUCGAUCUCAAAGCCUCGAAGGUCAAGCCAAGCGACAGAGGAGACGAGUCAGUAAAAACUGAAAGGCCGAAAUCUGCAUGA